AUGGCUGUCGAUGCCCAGCUGGAAGCUGAGACGACCACUGAGCGUGCUGCAAGGGCUGAGGGGACUGCUAGCGAGAUUAGACAGUCGAACCUCGACCUGCUCUUACGGAUGAGGAAACUGGAACGCCAGAUUCUUUGGCACGCUCAGACUCAAACGCAGCCGCGUCCGAUGUCCUCGGCGCGUCGAGCAAGACGGGAGGAAAUGUCAGUAUUUGAGCCUUUGCCUCCGGGGUCGGAACUAGCCCGAAAAGCGUAG